AUGCUCUUCCAGCGCGCGUCCCCGUGCCAGAUCAGCGGUGCCAGGGCCGGCAGCGGCCGCUUCGGCGCUGCCUUGCACGCUGGCUCCAACCGCCGGCAUGUUGUCAUGCUGCACUGUGGCGACCACGCGGCACGUACCACGUCUGGGGCCUCCGGCCCAGCCUCCAAGGGCCCAGGGCCCUCUGCCGCUUCCCAGCAGCCGGGCCAGCCAGCAGCCCAGCCAGCCAAGCCGGCCCAGCCGCUCACCACCAACGCCGCCGCCGCCGCCGCCGCCGCCGCCGCCGCCGCCGCCGCCGCCGCCAAGCCCCGCCACUUCCAUGCCAGCCUCGACCUGCUGACUGGGGGCGCCGCCGCCGAGGAGGCCGGCGCGGCCGCCAGCGAGGCGGCGUGCGUGGCCAAGCUCAGCGCCACCCCCGCCCUGCUGGAUGCGCUGCGCAGCGCCCUGCCCGGCCUGCUCGCCGCCGCCGGCGGCAGCAGUGAUGCCGCAGCUGCCCCCGCCGCCGGCGACGCGGCCGGCUUGGCCUCGGUGCGGCUAAACUCUGCCCUGUCCAGGGCGAUCGCAGAGGCUGCCGGCUGCGACGUCGGCAGCGCCCCGGCAGGCGGGUCGGUGGAUAUUGCCGCUGCGACGCACGUCAUUUACGGCGGCUGCAUUUACCCUGUCAUCCGCGAUGCCGACGGCAAGCCGAUGAUCCUCACCCCUGAUUGGACCGAGGUAAGCGUGGCCAAGGGCGCCGGCACGCGGCUGCUGUGCCUGACGCCCUGCGGCAGCGCUGAGGAGCGGCUCAAGCAGCUGAGGGCGCUGGGCGCGGUGGUUGGGGAUGCAGCGGAAAGGCAAAAAGGGUCGCAUUACAGCUCUUGGGGGUCUCUCAUCAAGGGUGGAGGCCGCCUGCACGCCGUGCUGCCCGACGGGGACUUUGCCCCUAUUUUUGAGGCAGAGAACUCAAGCAACAACGCCAACCAUUUCAUCGCGGCACCCCCCCUGAGCGUGUCUGGGCGAGUGGCCCCCAGCAAGGCGCGGCGUGAUGUCACGCGGGCCAACCUUUCUAGCCUGCCCUGCAAUUGGACGGAGGUGUACCUGGUUUGA